GGGGAGGAGGGACAGGGAGGCUGAAGAUCAGGACCCUCGGCACGGGAGGGAGGCGACCCAAAGGGACGCAGAGUGGAGGAGUCAGUGGAAGAGGGUGAUGACCAUGAGAGCAGUGGGAGGGAAGGGAGACGGCCCCGAGGGAGAGUGAUGAGGAGGGUGACCACCCCGAUCGGCGGUGAGCGGAGGAGGGCGACCCCGAGGGGCGCUGAGUGGAAUAGAGUGAUAGCCUUGAGGGACAGUGAGUGAGGGGGUGAGAGAUGGUGAGUGGAGGAGGGUGAUGAUCGUAAACUGACCGCCCUUGCCUUCAUAAAGAAACCAGUAGUAAGAAGAUUAUAGACAAUAAAAUCGAAGUUCUUCAGACUAAAAACACAGCUUGUUUUGUGAGGCUGAAACUAGGAUUUAACUUACCUAGAGGAAUUCAGAAAUCUCUAGAGAAAGAGUGGCUGCAUUGCUGAACCUCUUGUUCAUGGCUAUCCCAGACAAUGUUUUACAGCUCUUUAGAACACUACACAGGACCAGACAACAAGUUUUUAAAAAUGAUAAGAGAGCAUUAGAAGCGGCCAGAGUAAAGAUAAAUGAAGAAUUCAAAAAACAUAAAAGUGAGGCCUCUCCGGAGAAAAUAGAAGAGAUGUUGAAAGUGGGUUCCGAUGUUGAACUAUUACUCAGAACAUCUGUUAUUCAAGGUAUUCACACUGACCACAACACCCUGAAGCUGCUCCCCAGGAAAGAUCUUCUAACAGAAAACGUUCCCUACUGUGAUGCGCCAAUUCAGAAGCAGUAAAGCUUCAGGAUAAAACCUGCCUCUGCUCCCUCUGACUUUAAAUAUAUACCUAGCCAAAGUCCUGGACAUGCGAUGUUUCUCUCUGAAGUAGCAUGUUGCGAAUGAGCAGCAGGCUGAGGGCUGCAGAGCACUGCAGUGUUCUGAGGACAUAGAUGUGCCUCCCUCCUCACCAUCAGGCAGCCUGACCUGGCGACCGGAUGUCUGGGGAGGUGAGACUCUUUCCUUCCCCUUUGGUAGGUGUUUUGGUCUUACCAAAGCUAUUUGCCAAUGAAGCACUUUACCAAGUUGGUGACUUUUCAUCCCAUGGGAAACAGUACUACAAAAUAAAAAACACUACAUUAAAUUGA